AUGGAAGAGAUACUCAGAGACUUCUACAAAUGUGGGUUAUGUGAAGAACCCAUUACCUAUCCAAAGAAACUCAAAUGCCAACAUGUCUUCUGUCAUGAAUGUCUGGUAGUUUACAUUACGGAAUACUUCGGUAAAGUCUCGUUUCCAUGUCCAGUGUGUGACUAUAAACACUCGCCAGGUGAAGAGGAAGAAGUUAUUUCCCAGGAUUCAUUACUGAUACUACAAGAAGAUGAUUUGCAACGAGAUGUCCGUAGAUUUUUUCAGGACGGCGAGGAACCUGAACCUGCAUACAAUGCCGAUGGAAUUAAUAGGGCACCAUGCAUAAUUCACGAUGGCAAACUAUCUGAUUUCUUUUGUUCAGGUUGUAACACGCUUGCAUGCGAACAAUGCAGACUAGAGAUCCAUGGCCGUUGUGACUUCCGCUUACGUAAAAUUGACAAAGACAUGCGCAUGGAAGCAUUUACUAAAACUAAGGAAGUCUCUGAAGAACUAACAAAUUUUCUUUCUGAAACAGAAACUGUCUACAACAGUCUGAAUUCUAAGUUAGGCAAUAUAUUUCUGGAUUCUGUAGUGCAUGAUGAAACUAUUAAGUCGUAUUAUUCAGAACUGAAAGAAAAAGUUGUAAAAUAUCUGGAGGAGCAAGAACGGAAAGUACUUGAAAAUGCGAACAAACUCAGGGAGAAUGAGAAAACACACUUGGAGCGCGACGCUGUGGUUUGUACAAAUAUGUCAUCCUCCGUAAAAUCUCGACAAAGACUUGCACAUGCUUUACAAAAACGCAGUUCUACAAAUGCAGCCGAAAAUUUGGUGAUAACAAAUCAUUUGGGAAACGAUUUCGAAGUAUUUAAAACAAUGUUGUCGAAACUGCAAUCAGAUGCCGAUACGAGUUACAAUGUUAGAUUCAUGAUCAACACUGAGUUGGAGGACAAAAUGACAGAUACAGAUAUUGUGAAGAUUGAAGUAAUUCAUUGUUGUCAUAGGGAUGCUUCAGCUGCCACAUUCGAUGAAGUGGCCGAGGCUGAUCAGCAAGUAUCUACUGAACCGAACUCUGCACAGACACGGCCUGACAGGUCGCCAGCUGCACAGAUCAGCCAAAACGCUCGGGAAGAAAUUGUGCCACCUCCUCCUCCCGACGACGGAGAGGAGGAGCCACCACCGUCUUACAGGGCUGUGACCAGACAGUCCUUUAUACAAAGGCCGCGUCCUUGGCACUCGUCGCUUGUGCGCCGCAGACCAUCAGCAUCUGCGCCACCAUUACCAGCCUAUGACAACAGACACACGCCUAUCCAACAUCCAUAUCCCCCUCAUGUUGGCUCCCAGUCGCCGAACCCCUCGUCUUGUGCACAGAUGUCCCAUAUACAACCAACUGCACCUCCGUUGUACAUGGAAGAUUCCUCUCCUUUGUCUUCUGAUACCAUAGCAAGACUUGACCGAACACCAAUUUCUCCGAACGUCCGAACUAUCACCAUGUUGAAUUACAUAGCAAAAGUAGAAACGAAAACAGAUAACGAUGAUAAUGCUCCUUACUUGGUAAGUAUUGCAACUCUCGGCAGAUAUGUUAUCGUAGCUGACCAAAACAACCGUCGUCUUCAGCGUAUGGCUGAUGAUGGCUUCAAUGGUGUAGUUGACCAGUUUGACUGUAGCACGGAACCGUACGAUGUUGCCGGAGUAUCUGAUACAGUGUGUGUCGUGGCCGCUCCAAAAGAAGGAAGCUUACUCUUCGUUGAAUUCUCGUCCACACCCGGUGCCAGUCCAGCAAAGCUACAGAGGACGAUGAAAACUGGAAAGUAUUUAAGUGUAGGAUAUUGUAAAAGUAAUGGGAGACUCAUUUGUGGAAGGGGGCCGCCAUUCUCUGCAGCAAGAAUUGAAAUAGUAACUAUGCAAGGAUAUACCGUAAAGCAAAUUGACUUAAAGAAACCUAUGUCAGUUUCCAGGAACCUUACUUUGUCUCAGUCCAGAUUUCUAGCACUUUGCGAUGUACGUAAUAAGGAAGCCAUCUUUUACGACACUGCAGACAGAGGGAAGCCACGUCCUACCAUUGUGCGGCGUCGUGAAUAUAACACACUUAGAGAACCUCAAGGAAUCGCCACAAUUCCCAGCUUGAAAAGUGUUCUCAUACUUGACACGUCAACCGGGGACGUAAUUAUGACAUCGUACUCGGGCUAUGUACUCAAAGUUUUGAGCGGUGACGUUACGAUACAGCGAUAUAAUAACGUCGAGGUAAAGUAUUCGAUGAGCGUCAGCACGGACCAGAAAGUAUUGGCCAUAGCUAAUAACAGAGGAUCAGUCUCAUUCUACGAAAUAAAAUACAUGUAACAGCGGAGACUUUGGCAAACGUUCAAUAUACAGAGCGUUUUGCUCUGUUUAUUUUUUGCUAGAUCAUUUUCGAAUGUAAAUGUCUCCUUAAUACAGAUUUUGAAAAAAUCACGAACGGGGACUGACAAAGAAAGUUGAUCAUAUAAAGUACAAUUUGGGAAUCGUUCUGCAGGUCCCUCAUGUUUUGCUUAAAUAUUCGAGAGAUAUUUCUCAGAAUCAUGAACAUGUGUGUAUGGAUAUAGAACGGGAUACGAAGUGUAUGACAUAGCAUAGAUCAACUGAUGGUAAUUAGGUGAAAGUUGGUGGGCACUACAUAGGUGUGACAUAAAUAACGGAGCAGUGUUGUUUUCGAUAGUAAUGGUGCAGAAAAUGAGUCUUUCGGAAACGUUGUGUGGCGUAUGAGAUAUCAGAGUUACCUCCCUUGUUUCACUCUGUCGGGAUGGUAUAGCAACAUGAUU